AUGUAUCGACUCGCCCAUCCUGAUGCUGUACGCGCACCAGCACCAUAUCUCCCGACUAUCAGUCAGGCUCUGGCGGUUGCGCGCGAUCCGUCCGAGGAUUUCAUGAAGAUUCUGGUGCUCAACUUUGCGGAUCAUGGCAACACAACACAAGAGGAAGCGACCAAGAAUGCACUUACCUUUCUCAGAUACCUGCCAGUCUUCCACGACACCCUAAGUAGAACCGGUUCACGCCCUGCCGGUCAUAUUGUGGCUCAAACAGCCAUUGUUGACGACCACCCAAGCACUCCCGCAUUUGUGGCAGACGAAGGUCCGCUUCAGCUUCCAACACCUGCUGCAGACGAUGCCCCUGCCCAUGAAAAUAGACUGGAUCCAGAUGAGCUAUCAAUUGAUGACUGGGUAUUUGAUGAGACGGAACACGAUGGGCAGGAGCAUAUGAACUUCCUGGACACGGUAUGGGAUGAUCACUUUGCUCAGCAUGACUAG